AUGUAAUCUCCAGAUAAAUAAAUCCAUUGUGUUAAAACAUAAUCACAAGCUAAAAUAUUAACAUAUGGCCCUUCGCCUUAUAUGUAAUCGCCUCUGUUAGAUGUAAAAUACAUUAACCAAAACAAUAUCACCAUUUAACCAUCUCCCCCUUAAAAAUUAGAGAACUCUUCUCAAUAUAAACUUAACACAAAGACUCUAAGUCAAAAUUUUGAUGUUCUCAAACCAUCUAAUUAAUCAGACACAUUAAAAUAAUAAAAUGAUGUGAAACCAUAUUAUGGAACAAGUAAGUAGGAAUAUCAUAAAACGCAUGGAAACUAUUAGAGUGACAGAAAUAAAGACACUACUACAUCAGAAAGAAGAAGCAAUACUUUAAACAAAGAGGCAACAAUCAUUGAAAGCAAAGAAAAUUACGGAUUGACUACAAAAUCUCCAAUUACAGAUAAUCAUCUUGCUGUGGGAAAUAGUAGGCUUUCAUCUCAAAAUCAUGGAUUUUUGUAAUUGAAACCAAAAAUAUCAACAGAAAUAGCUAAGAUUUCUGGGUAAUUAAGAGAUUUGAUGUCAAGUGUUUAAAAAAUGGCUACUAAUGGAAAAUUACCUGAUAAUAUUAAUGAUAAAAUGAUUGAGAUAUUAGCUACUUUUAGAAAAUUUGAAGAAAUAUCUCAUGUUGAGCCUAACGAAAAUGAAUCUAAAACAUUAAACAUGGCAGAAGAUUAUAAUAAACUAAAGCCAAUACUUGAGCAGUUAUAAAGUAAAAUGACUGCUUUAGUCUAAGAGAAUUAAAAACUGAAUAAGAAUUUGAUAGAACAAGAGCAAAAGGUUAUUGAAGAAUAAAGUAAAAGACAACUAGCAGAAGACAAAGCAAAUUAAACAAAUAAGGAAUUCAAUAGAGUAUUUGAAUGUUUACAAAUAAAUUAAAAAGAAAAUGAAGAACUUAAGAUGAAAUUACAAUAAAAAGAUGCUUUUAACAAUUAAAAGAUUCAUUAAAGCAUAACCAAAAAUGAAGAUGUACAGGAUUAUAAAUAGAAGAAUUUGUAACUAUAAAAAGACUUGGAAUUAUUGGAAAGUAGGUAUAAAUAGUUAUUGGCUGAGAAAGCGAAUUCAAAAGAAUUACCAAAAUCACCUUUAAUGAUGAAAUCAAUUCAUUCAAGUACAUCAAAAUAAUAGGAAUAGUUGGAACUUAAACUAUUAUGA